AUGUCAACCCCCUACCUCCUCGACCUCCCCACAGAGAUCCUCAACCACAUACUCAACCCCUUACCCACAUCCUCCCUCCUCCGCUUCUCAGAAACCUCCCGUCACGCCCGCAUCCUCGCCAACGCCAACCUGCACACGCUCUCUUUGGGAAUCGCGCCCCUCGCUCCUGCCUUUUUCAAGUACCUCGACCCGUCCGUCACUACUAGUACAGCCAAUCCCUAUGAAAUCUGGCUACGCAUUCCCCAGGCAAGAAGUUACGAGUACCUGACGUUGCAUAACUUCCAGAGCGCGUUGGUAACCAGCAUACUAAAGCGCCAUGGCACCAUGCUCCAGCAUCUCAACAUCAGUGUUUGGGCAUUAACGUUGCCCAUGGCGAAAGCCAUCAAGGACUUACGCGCUCUCCGCACCUUUUCACUCAGAAUCGAAAGCGGCGUUCGUUAUGUACGUGGCAUCCCGCGGUCGCGUAUCGCUAUCGAACGAGAAGAGCAGGGUAAGGCUUGGGAUGUGCUUACUGAGAGUGCGGCUGAGUGGAGUGGGAGACUCACGGUAGUGCAGUUUGAGAAUUGUGAUGUGAGGGCUGAGCAGUUGGCUGUGCUGUUGAAAGAGAGUAGGGGGUGUAAGGAGCUGGGGUUGAAUCGGUGUCGGUAUCUGGGGAGGGAAAUGUGGACUUCCCUGGGCGAGUGGCAGGGGAAGGCGAAGUUGAAGAUGUUGGAUGUAGCGGAGUGUGGGGGGUUGCUUGGGGAUGAGGCGAGAGAAGUGGUGGGGAGGUUGGAUGGGUUACAGCGACCAGGAGAAUUUGAGCGUCUGAAUGAGGAACUCUGGCACAUCAAAGACUUUACAGCACCAAGACCGGGUGGUUAUGGCGAGAACAUGAUCAUCGAGGUGGAUCCGGACUACAUCUUCUGA